AUGAUCGGCGGAAUCUUCUUAUUUAAUCUGAAAGGCGAAGUGCUGAUUAAGAGAGUGUUUCGGGACGACAUUGCGCGUAACGCCAGCGAUGCGUUCCGCAUAAAUGUGAUACACUCCCGGAAAAAGGUCCAGGAGCCCGUCACCGACAUUGCGCGAAAUUCGUUCUUGCACAUCCGCCGGGAAGACAUUUGGAUAGUCGCCGUCACUAAACAGAACGUCAAUAUCACAAUGGUGUUCCAGUUUCUCGGGAGUUUCGCGAAGACGAUGAAAUCGUACUUUGGAAAGUUCAACGAGGACAAAGUUAAAAACAAUUUCGUGCUCGUUUACGAGUUGCUGGACGAAAUGCUUGACUUUGGGUAUCCGCAGAACUGUGAUGCGGCGAUUCUGAAGACGUACAUCACGCAGGCAGGCAAUAGAAGUGAACCGAUUGCGCAGGAUAAACUGACGAAGAUAACAGCUCAGGUGACGGGAACACUUUACUGGCGUCCUGAUGACAUUAAGUACCGUAAUUCCUUAUUGUUUCUCGACGUAGUGGAACGCAUCAACUUGUUGAUGUCUCCACUAGGAAUAGUACUCUCUGCGUACGUUGACGGUUACAUAUUUAUGAAUUCAUCAUUGAGCGGCAUGCCUGAGUGUAAAAUUGGUAUUAACGACAAGCUCAUGUUGCGAACCAAUACCAAAAUAGUUUAUGUCGAAAGCACUUUGCACCACAUUUUAAUCGAUGACUAUAAGUUUCACCAAUGCGUGAAACUUUCAAAAUACGAAGAUGAACAUUCCAUUCACUUUAUACCGCCUGAUGGUCAAUUCGAGUUGAUGCGUUAUCGUAUAAAUAAAAACAUAUGCUUGCCGUUCAAAGUUAUACCUAUUAUACAAGAAGUCGGCGGUAAUUUUGUAGGUAUAAAAGUAAUAUUAAAAACUGCAUUCAAAUCAUCGAUAUCCGGAAAGAAAAUCGAAAUGAAAAUUUCUAUUCCUCUGAACGCUGCCAAGGUACAAGUGUCUUGUCGGAAAGGCACAGCCACAUACAAAGCCGAGGAAAAUGCAAUCAUCUGGAAAAUUAAGAAGAUGUCUGGCAUGAAAGAGACGCAACUUACAGCUGAUAUUGAUCUAUUAGUAACGGAAAAUGAGAAAAAAUGGGUUAGACCGCCGAUUUCACUGAGUUUCACUAUACCGUAUGCAUUUUCUGGUUUCAAAGUCAAAUAUAUUAGAGUUUUCGAACCUAAGUUGAAUUAUUUGGAUCAGGAUGUUACUAAAUGGAUUCGUUAUUUCGGGUGCAAUGGACGGUACGAAAUUAGAUGUUAA